UCCUCGUCCCCAGCCCGUAUCACGUGACACAAAUCCACUCCACGUGCUUCUCUCUCUAGGUCUCUCCAUUCUCCUUGCGCGUGUGAACUCUGCGGAGUCUUCGCCUUUGUCUCAGGGGAGUGCUUGGCAACCUGGUGUGGAGACACUGCUGUCCAGAGGCCUGUGGCUUGUGAGGCUGCGCUGCCAGUUGCCUAGAGGAGGAUCCUGCUGGGCACCCGAGAUGCCAAAACGGGGGAAGAAGAAAGAAGGUGAAGUCCUGCCGGAGGAGAAGGAGACGGCAGCAGAACCAGAGCCUAAGAAGGCUAAGAAAGGUGGAGCAAAAGCUGAGAAGGAGGCCGACGGGCCGAUCAUGUACCAAGAUCCCCCAGACAAACUCGCCUCUCCCAGCGGCAAGAAAUACACCUUGAAGGUCACUUCCUGGAAUGUGGAUGGGAUCCGAGCCUGGUUCAAGAAGAAGGGCCUGGAGUGGGUCUGCGAGGAGAAGCCCGAUGUGCUCUGCCUCCAAGAAACGAAAUGUGCAGAGAAGCAGCUGCCCGCUGACAUCCGGGAUCUGGCGGACUAUCCCCACAAGUACUGGGCCUGCUCCGAUGACAAAGAAGGCUACAGCGGGGUGGCUCUCCUCUCCAAGGUGAAGCCUGUCAACGUCACCUACGGUAUCGGCGAGGAGGAGCAUGACAAGGAAGGCCGCAUGAUCACGGCCGAGUUCCCCUCUUACUUCCUGGUGACGGCCUACGUGCCCAAUGCCGGCCGGGGGCUGGUGCGGCUGGAGUACCGCCAGCGCUGGGACGUGGCCUUCCGCUCCUACCUGCAAGGCCUGGCCGCCCGCAAGCCUCUCAUCCUCUGCGGGGACCUCAACGUGGCCCACCAAGAGAUUGACCUGAAGAACCCCAAGGGGAACAAGAAGAACGCUGGCUUCACUCCGGAAGAGCGGGAGGGCUUCGGCAAGCUGCUCGAGGCCGGCUUUACCGACACGUUCCGACACCUCUACCCUGAUACGCCCUACGCCUACACCUUCUGGACCUACAUGAUGAAUGCCCGGGCCAAGAACGUGGGCUGGCGGCUCGACUACUUCCUGGUCUCCAAAGGACUGCUGGAGAGUCUCUGCGACAGCAAGAUCCGCUCAGCUGCCCUGGGGAGUGACCACUGCCCCAUCACCCUCUACUUGGCCGUGUGAUGGCGAUGCAAAGGAGCAGAGGGCACAGCAUUAAUAUUGUCCCAAUAAUAUUGCAGCUUGAGCGGGGUGGUGGUGGAUAGAGACAGACGACCGUAGAAAGCUAAAUGUCACGCCUCUGAGAUACUUAAGAUUGCGUGAGCUAGUGUUCUUUGUGUAUAGCCAGGAUAGCCAAUGUGGUGACCUCCAGCUGUUUUGGGCUCCCAGUCCCGUGAUCCUUGACCAUUGGCCAUGCUGACUUGGGCUAAAGGGGGAUGGAGUCUACAGCAUCUGGAAGGCACCACACUGCCUAUCUCUGGCCUAUAUGCACGUCUACCCUUGUAUAGUUGGGGCUUUAAAUAUCUCGUUUUUUUAUUUUCUCAUGGCUGAGGAUGCUCACUGGGUUGCCAGCUCCUGACACAGGAAAUGGCUCCUCUUGCUAUUUCCAAGGCUGGUUCUAGGCUAGUGAAACAGUACAUACUACUGGGUCUUGCUCUAUUGCUGCAGGUCCAUGCAUCCACCUUUGUCUUCUGCCUGUUGCGAGUAGGGCCCUAGAGCAGAGGGGGCUGAAGUAGGGGUGCAAAACAGGUGGAAGAUGGAGAAGCCAUAUUGCAUCUCUCCACCCUGAGGCUGUUAAAAGUGACAGAUGGCGUGGCUGGCUCAACAGCAGGCAACCCUUCUGCCACGUGGUUCCCAAAAUAAGUGGCUGGCUGGUAGGCAGUGGAGACUAGUGGCUCCAAUGUCAGUGGCGCAGUGAAUCCACUCCGGGUUUUAGUCCAAACUCUCUGAAGCACCUUGGGCAGCUCCUCGAAGGUUUGGACUAUAACCCGGAGCAGAUUCACUGUCCCAGUGACAUUGGAGCCACUAGUCUGUGCUGCUGGAAGAGAAGCGGGUUCUCCAUCUCCCUCAGCCUCUGAAAGUCCAUCCUCCCUUCGUUACUUUUCUGUGAUGCAGCUAGCUGUUCCUCCUUACUAGGUCAGCUUUCUUCCUUUAGGAGGCCAUAGCACUUCCAGGCAAAAUGUAAUUCUCCCAGGAAAAAAAGAAAAGUAUUAAGCUUUCCUUUUUUAUAUAUAAAUAUAUACACAUAAAUGUC